GGCUGGUAGGGAACAUGUCUUCCCCUUUUCUUUUUACUUUGGUUACUUUAUUGACACUUGCUGAAUUAGAUGGUGAAGUUGUGGGACUUGAGCUGCAGCAACAAAACAGAAACAUCGACCUCCAACAGCCUCGGAUGGCUACAGAGAGGGGAAAUUUAGUGUUUCUUACUGGGUCAUCCCAAAACAUUGAAUUUAGAACUGGAUCCCUGGGAAAAAUUAAAUUAAAUGAUGAAGAUCUCAGCGAAUGUUUACAUCAGAUCCAGAGAAACAAAGAUGACAUUACAAAUUUAAAAGAGAGUACAACUGGUCUGCCUCAAAAUAUAUCUAGUCAAAUCCAUCAGCUUAACUCCAAGCUUAUGGAUCUUGAAAGAAAAGUUCAAGGUUUACAGCAGACACUUGACAAGACCGCUUGUGGCAGCAACCCCUGCCAACACGGUGGAACCUGCCUCAAUCUGCACGACUCCUUUGUUUGUGUCUGUCCCUCACAGUGGAAGGGUCCUCUCUGCUCAGAUGAUGUUAACGAAUGUGAAAUUUACUCAGGAACACCCAUGAGUUGCCAGAAUGGAGCCACGUGCAUGAAUACGAUGGGGAGUUACAGUUGCCACUGCUCGCCUGAUACCUAUGGACCCCAGUGUGCGUCCAAGUACGAUGACUGCGAAGGGGGUUCUCAAGCACUCUGCGUCCACGGCAUCUGUGAGGAUUUAGUCCGAGAGCAGGUUGGAAAGCCCAAGUACAGCUGCAUCUGCGAUGCUGGGUGGACAUCCCCUCUGGACAGCUCUGCCUGCACGGUGGAUAGAGAUGAGUGCAGCCUCCAGCCUGGACCAUGUUCUGCGCACGUGCAGUGUUUCAACACCCAGGGCUCCUUCUACUGCGGGGCCUGUCCGACAGGCUGGCGAGGAAAUGGCUACUUCUGCGAAGAUGUCGAUGAGUGUGAGAUAAACAAUGGCGGCUGCUCCGUGUCUCCACCUGUCGAGUGUGUGAACACACCUGGGUCUUUCCACUGCCAGGCCUGUCCACCAGGGUACCAGGGUGACGGCAGAGUGUGCACACUCACAGACAUCUGCUCGGUUGAUAACGGAGGCUGCCACCCGGACGCGGCCUGCUCCUCCGCCCUAGGUUCUUUACCGCUCUGCUCAUGUCCCCCAGGAUACACUGGAAACGGCUAUGGGCCAAAUGGCUGUGUGCAACUCAGUCAUAUGUGCCUAAGUCACCCCUGUUUAAAUGGAGAGUGCACGGAAACAGUUUCUGGUUAUUUUUGUAAGUGUGAAUCAGGCUGGGCUGGUGUCAACUGUACAGAAAACAUCAAUGAGUGUUUGAGCAACCCCUGUUUGAAUGGAGGAGCUUGUGUUGACGGCGUUAAUUCUUUUCACUGUGAAUGCACACGUUUCUGGACUGGCCCUCUCUGCCAGAAUCCCCAGCAAGUUUGUGGAGAGUCCCUCACAGGGAUAAAUGGAAGCUUCAGCUAUAACAGCCCCGACAUUGGUUAUCUUCAUGACGUUAACUGCUUCUGGGUUAUCCGAACAGAAGUAGGGAAGGUCCUGCGUAUCACUUUUACUUUUUUCCAGUUAGACUGGGUGAACAAUUGUGCACAUGAGUUUCUUCAGAUUUAUGAUGGGGAUUCUUCUGCAGCUCUUCAACUUGGACGAUUCUGUGGCUUCAGCCCCCCUGGAGAGCUCUUCAGCAGUGACAACGCCCUCUAUUUCCAUUUCUACUCUGAACAUUUAAGAAGCCAGAGAGGUUUCACAGUAAGAUGGGAAACACAGCAACCAGAGUGUGGCGGUACACUGACGGGUACUUACGGGUCUAUAAAAUCUCCGGGCUAUCCUGGAAACUACCCCCCCGGAAGAGAUUGUGUCUGGCUUGUUGUAACUAGUCCUGACCUCCUAAUAACAUUUACUUUUGGGACCUUGAGCCUGGAACACCAUGAUGACUGCAGCAAAGAUUAUCUUGAGAUUCGAGAUGGUUCUUUGCAUCAGGACCCCAUUUUGGGGAAAUUCUGCACCACUCUCUCUGCCCCACCGCUCCAGACCACAGGGCCCUUUGCCAGGAUUCAUUUCCAUUCUGAUGCCCAGAUCAGUGACCAAGGCUUCCAUAUCACCUACCUAACAUCGCCUUUGGAUCUGCCUUGUGGAGGAAACUACACGGACCCAGAGGGUGAACUCCUCCUUUCUGAGAUGUCUGGGCCUUUCACUCAAAACAGGCAGUGUGUCUAUAUCAUAACACAGCCUCCGGGAGAGCAAAUACAAGUCAACUUCACCCACGUGCAGCUGGAAAGCCAGGGUGGCUGCGUGCAGAGUUACAUUGAGGUUCGAGAGUAUGAAACCUUACUUGGAAAAGUUUGUGACAAUGGGACCAUCUCUCACUUCAAGUCCAUUACCAAUAGUGUGUGGAUCAGGUUUAAAAUAGACGCUUCUAUUGAGAAAGCCAGUUUCAGAGCUGUUUAUCAAGUCGCUUGUGGAGGUGAAUUAACUGGAGAAGGGGUCAUUCACUCACCGUAUUAUCCUAAUGUGUAUCCUGGAGAAAGAACCUGUCGGUGGACCAUCCACCAGCCCCAAAGCCAAGUAGUUCUUCUCAACUUCACUGCCUUUGAAAUUGGAAGCUCUGCCCACUGUGAUACAGAUUAUAUCGAGAUUGGUAGCAGUUCCAUUUUGGGUUCUCUUGAAAAUAAAAAAUAUUGUGGCCCAGACACACCUCCACCUAUAACAACCGUGCACAAUAUCCUUUAUGUCACAUUUGUGAAAAGUUCUUCUACUGAAAAUCAUGGUUUUAUGGCUAAGUUCAGUACUGAGCAUUUGGCAUGCGGAGCAACCCUUAGAGAGCCAACAGGAGUCAUUCAAAGUCCGGGCCAUCCCAAUAUCUAUCCUCAGGGUAUCAACUGUACCUGGCAUAUAUCCGUCCAACCCAACCACCUGAUUCGUUUGAUGUUUGAUAGAUUUCAUUUGGAAUUUCAUUAUAAUUGCACAAAUGACUACCUGGAAGUUUAUGACACUGACUCUGAGAUACCUCUUGGGAGAUACUGUGGAAAAUCGAUCCCACCUUCUCUUACAAGCAGAGGCAAUUCCUUGACGCUGGUCUUUGUGGCAGAUUCUGACCUGGCUUAUGAAGGCUUUUUAAUAAACUACGAAGCAAUUAAUGCAUCAACAGCAUGUUUGGAAGACCACACAGAUGAAUCUGGGACAUUAACAUCUCCAAACUAUCCCAAUAAUUACCCCAACAACUGGAAAUGCAUUUAUAGGAUCACAGUGGAGAGUAGCCACCAGAUUGCCCUGCACUUUACAAACUUCUCCUUGGAGGAAGCCAUUGGUGGAGGCUGUCAUUCAGAUUUUCUGGAAAUCAGGGAUGGAGGCUAUGAAACUUCACCAAUGCUGGGAAUGUACUGUGGCUCAAAUCUCCCUCCAACAAUUAUCUCUCAUAGUAACAAACUAUGGUUAAAAUUUCAGAGUGAUUUGAUUGACUCAAGGUCUGGAUUCUCAGCUUACUGGGAUGGAUCAUCAACAGGUUGCGGGGGCAAUCUCACCACAUCCACAGGCAUGUUCACAUCUCCCAACUACCCGAUGCCCUACUACCACAGCUCCGAGUGCUACUGGUGGUUGAAGGCCAGCCGUGGCAGCCCGUUCCAACUGCAGUUCACAGAUUUCCACUUGGAGCACCAUCCAAACUGCACUUUAGACUACCUGGCUGUAUAUGAUGGGCCAAGCACCAGCUCUCAUCUGCUCGCUCAGCUCUGUGGGGAUGAGAAACCACCUCUUAUCCGUUCUAGUGCAGACAGCAUGUUUUUAAAGCUGAGGACAGAUGAAGGGCAGCAAGGACGUGGCUUCAAGGCUGAAUACUGGCAGACAUGCGAGGAUGUGGUGAUAGUCAAUCAAACCUAUGGUAUCUUGGAGAGUAUAAAUUAUCCAAAUCCUUAUUCUGACAAUCUGCGUUGCAACUGGACGGUCCAGGCAACAACGGGCAACACUGUGAACUAUACUUUUUUAGCGUUUGACUUGGAAGAGCACACCAGCUGCUCCACCGAUUACUUAGAGCUUUAUGAUGGACCACAGCGGAUGGGGCGCUACUGCGGGGUGAGUGUGCCUCCUCCUGGGAGUACCGCAGGCUCCCAGCUCCAUGUGCUGUUCCACACCGAUGGGGUUGGCCACCAGGAGAAGGGGUUUCAGAUCCAGUGGUUCAUUCACGGUUGUGGUGCGGAGCUGUCAGGAGCCAUGGGCUCCUUCACCAGCCCUGGGUACCCGGGCAGGUAUCCAGCCAACAAGGAGUGCAUCUGGUACAUUAAGACUGCCCCCGGGAGCAGCAUUCAGCUCACCAUCCACGACUUUGAUGUGGAGUACCAUUCAAGAUGCAACUUCGACGUCCUGGAGAUCUAUGGAGGACCUGACUUCCAUGCUCCCAGAAUAGCCCAGCUGUGUUUCCAGCAGUCAUCAGAGAACCCCAUGCAGGUCUCCAGCACGGGCAAUGAGCUAGCAGUCAGAUUUAAGACGGACAGCUCUAUAAAUGGGAGAGGCUUCAAUGCCUCAUGGCAAGCAAUCCCUGGAGGUUGUGGUGGAGUUUUUCAGGCUCCUCAUGGGGAGAUUCAUUCUCCAAAUUACCCAAGUCCUUCUAGGAGUAACACAGACUGCUCCUGGGUUAUUAAAGUUGAGAGAAAUCACCGUGUCCUCUUGAACUUCACUGACUUUGACCUUGAACCUCAGGACUCUUGUAUUAUGGCAUAUGAUGGUGUAAGCUCUGCAACCGCCCGCCUCGCCAAGACAUGUGGAAGGCAGCAGCUGGCCAACCCCAUCACCUCUUCAGGAGACAGCCUCUUUGUGAGAUUUCUGUCUGGCCCUUCCAGACGGAGCAGGGGCUUCCGAGCCCAAUUCAAGCAAGUCUGUGGAGGCCACAUCCUCAUCGGUUCUUUUGGUACCGUUUCCUCUCCAUUGUUCCCCGCCAAGUACCCACACAAUCAGAACUGCAGCUGGAUCCUUCAAGCUCAACCCCCAUUCAAUCACAUCACCCUCUCCUUUACCCACUUUGAACUUGAAGGCAGCACAACGUGUACAUGGGACUUUGUAGAAAUUCUGGAUGGCGACCAGGAUGAUGUGCCCCUCCGAGGCCGUUACUGUGGCAGCUCCAUGCCCCAUCCUAUCACAUCCUUCAGCAGUGCCCUGACGCUGAGGUUUGUCUCUGACCCUACAGUGAGUUCUGGUGGCUUCCAUGCUGUUAUCACCGCCUCAUCGUCAGCUUGUGGUGGAACCUUCCACAUGGCUGAAGGCAUCUUCGACAGCCCCGGCUACCCAGAGGUGUAUCCCCCUAAUAUAGAGUGUAUCUGGAACAUCGUCAGCUCCCCCGGCAACCAGCUCCAGCUGUCUUUCAUAUCUUUCCAGUUGGAAGACUCCCAAGACUGUAGCAGAGAUUUUGUGGAGCUCCGAGAAGAAAACGCCACAGGUCACCUGGUGGGACGAUACUGUGGACACUCCCUCCCUCUCAACUUGUCAUCCACUGUUGAGCACAGCCUGUGGGUCAGGUUUGUCUCCGAUGGCUCAGGCAGUGGCAUAGGCUUCCAGGCCAUGUUCACUAAGAUAUUUGGCAAUGAUAAUAUUGUGGGAACUCAUGGGAAAAUUGCCUCUCCUUUCUGGCCUGGAAAUUACCCUCAUAAUUCCAAUUACCGAUGGAUAGUAAAUGUGAAUGCAUCUCAAGUUGUCUACGGUAGAAUCUUGGAGAUGGACAUUGAAGAAGGACUAAACUGCUAUUAUGACAAAUUAAGGAUGUACGAUGGGAUUGGUAUUCAUUCUCGCCUGAUCGGGACUUACUGUGGUACCCAGACUGAAUCCUUUAGCUCCACUGGAAAUUCCUUGAUGGUUCAGUUUUCUUCCGACGCUUCAGUAUCAGGGAAGGGAUUCCUCCUGGAGUGGUUUGCAGUGGAUGCUCCUGUUGGACCGUUACCUACCAUUGCUCCAGGCGCUUGUGGUGGGUUCCUGAGAACGGGAGAUGAGCCGGUCUUUCUGUUUUCCCCGGGUUGGCCUGACCACUAUGGUAAUAAUGUUGAGUGUACCUGGCUUAUCCAGGCUCCUGAUUCUACUGUGGAACUCGACAUCCUUUCCCUGGACAUCGAAGCUAACUCAGCGUGUAACUAUGAUAACCUUGUGAUAAGAGACGGCGACAACAACAUGGCCCCAGAGCUAGCAACUCUCUGCGGCAAAGAGAUCCCUGGGCCCAUCUGGUCUACUGGAGAGUACAUGUUCAUCCGCUUCACCUCUGACCUGAGCGUAACUGGAAUGGGCUUCACUGCAUCCUUUCACAAGAGCUGUGGUGGAUAUCUGCAUGCCGACAGAGGAAUUAUCACAUCCCCCAAUUAUCCAGAGACCUACAGGCCCAAUCUCAACUGCUCCUGGCAUGUCCUGGUCCAAAGUGGUUUGACCAUUGCUGUGCACUUUGAACAGCCCUUCCAGAUUCCAAAUGGGGAUUCUUUUUGCAACCAGGGGGAUUACUUGGUGCUAAAAAAUGGACCUGAUAUCUCUUCUCCACCCCUGGGGCCCCCUGGCAGGCAUGGUCAUUUCUGCGGAAGUCGUCCUUCAUCAACCUUGUUCACCUCAGAUAAUGAAAUGUUUGCCCGGUUUAUUUCUGACAAUAGUAAUGAGGGACAAGGGUUUAAGAUCAAAUACGAGGCAAAGAGUUUAGCCUGCGGGGGGAACAUUUACAUCCAUGACGCUGACUCUGCUGGCUAUGUGACCUCCCCCAACCACCCUGACAAUUAUCCCCAGCACGCAGAUUGUACUUGGAUCAUAGCAGCCCCUCAGGGGAAGAGCAUCAGGCUGCAAUUUGAGGAUCAGUUCAACAUUGAAGCAUCACCCAAUUGUACAUCCAGUUACCUGGAAUUGCGGGAUGGAGCUGAUUCCAAUGCACCAGUACUUUCCAAAUUUUGUGGGCUGUCUUUGCCCGGCAGUCAGUUGUCCUCAGGAGAGGUCAUGUAUUUGAGAUUCCAAACCAACAACAGCCCCACUCAUGUGGGAUUCAAAGCCAAGUAUUCUAUAGCUCAAUGUGGAGGAACAGUCACAGGGCAAGCUGGUGUCAUUGAAAGCAUUGGCUACCCAGUGCUGCCAUACACAGACAAUUUGUUCUGUGAGUGGCAUCUCCAGGGUCUCCCAGGACACUAUCUCACCAUCUCUUUUGAAGAUUUUCAUCUCCAGAAUUCCUCUGGCUGUGGAAAAGACUUUGUGGAGAUCUGGGAAAACCGUACCUCUGGGAAUAUCUUGGGCAAAUACUGCGGAAACACCAUUCCUGACAGCAUAGACACUUCUAGCAAUGUUGCUGUGGUCAGAUUUGUCACAGAUGGCUCUCUUACUGCCUCGGGAUUCAGACUAAGGUUUGAAUCCAGUCUGCAAGGGUGUGGUGGGGAUCUGCAGAGCCCCGCUGGAACGUUCACUUCUCCCAACUACCCAAACCCCAACCCUCACGGCCGGGUCUGCGAGUGGAGAAUCACUGUGCCCGAAGGAAGGCGGGUCACCCUGACAUUUACCAGCCUGAGACUGGAAGCUCGCCCGUCCUGCGACAGUGAGAGCGUGCAGGUAUUUAAUGGCAUUAGAAGGAACUCGCCCCAGCUGGAGCAGCUGUGCAGUAGUGUGAAUGUAAGCAGCGAGAUAGAAUCUUCAGGAAACACAAUGAAAGUGGUCUUUUUCACGGAUGGAUCCAGGCCAUAUGGAGGCUUCGCUGCUUCCUACACAUCCAGUGAAGAUGCAGUGUGUGGCGGGCCUCUCACAAGUGCCCCUGAAGGAAACUUCACUUCUCCUGGCUACGAUGGAGUCCAUAAUUACCCAAGAAACCUAAACUGUGAAUGGACUCUCAGCAAUCCAAAUGAGGGAAAUUCAUCCAUUUACAUUCAUUUUCAAAAUUUCUCCCUGGAAAGUCACCAAGCCUGCCAAUUUGAUGUCCUUGAGUUUCGAGUGGGAGAUGCUAAUGGGCCCAUGAUACGGAGAUUCUGUGGCCCUUCCAGACCUGCAGUGCCAUUGGUUAUACCUUACGGCCAGGUAUGGAUACACUUUGUCACCAAUGAACGUGUGGAACGCAUCGGAUUCCAUGCAGAAUAUUCCUUUACAGAUUGUGGCGGGAUACAGAUGGGUGAGAGUGGAGUGAUCUCAAGCCCCAACUACCCAAGCUUUUAUGAGAGCUUGACCCACUGUGCGUGGUUGUUGAAGGCCCCCCCAGGACACACCAUCACUCUCACAUUCACUGACUUUGAUAUUGAAGCCCAUUCAGUUUGUUCCUGGGACUCUGUCACUGUCAGGAAUGGUGGCUCCCCUGGGUCACCCAUAAUAGGACAAUACUGUGGAAAUUCAAACCCCAGGCCAAUCCAGUCUGGCUCUAACCAACUGGUGGUGAUUUUUAACUCAGACCAUUCCGUAGAAGGUGGUGGAUUUUAUGCUACGUGGAACACACAGACUUUAGGUUGUGGUGGAACACUUCAUUCAAAUAAUGGUGUAAUCAGAUCCCCUCACUGGCCUGAAAAUUUUCCUGAAAACAUCAGAUGUUCCUGGACGGUCAUUACUCACCAAAGUAAACACUUGGAGAUCAGCUUUGAUAGUAACUUCCUAAUCCCCAGUAGUGAUGGACAAUGUCAGAACAGCUUUGUGAAGGUGUGGGCAGGAACCCAGGAGGUUGAGAAGGCCCUGCUGGCCACAGGCUGUGAGAAUGUGGCCCCUGCUACCAUCAUCACCCCUGGAAACACGUUCACUGCUGUCUUCCAGUCUCAGGAGAGACCAGCCCAGGGCUUCUCUGCAUCCUUUGUAAGCCGAUGCGGACGAAACUUCACUGGCUUGACAGGUUACAUCUAUUCUCCCAACUACCCAAAGCAGUAUCAGAACAACCUGAAUUGUACAUAUGUCAUAGCAGCUGAUCCACAGUCCGUGGUCAUCUUGACUUUCUUGUCUUUCCAUUUAGAAGCUCGUUCGGCCGUGACAGGAAGCUGUGCCAAUGACGGCGUGCACAUUAUCAGGGGUUCCAGCUUGGCGUCCACCCCGUUCGCGACCGUGUGUGGUGCUGAGAGGCUGGCUCCUAUCACCGUGACUGGGCCAGUGCUACUUAACUUCUACUCCAACGCACAAAUCACAGACUACGGGUUCAAGUUUUCCUAUAGGAUAACCUCCUGUGGUGGUGUGUUCAACUCCUCCUCCGGAAUCAUCCAGAGCCCUGCCUAUUCCUUUUCCAACUACCCAAAUGAUGUCUACUGCUUGUACACCAUCAUCGUGAGCCAUGACAAAGUCAUGCAGCUCAAAUUCAAUGAUUUUGAUGUGGUUCCCUCCAUCUCCUGCUCCCGUGACUACCUGGAGAUUUAUGAUGGUUCCAACACCAGUGAUCCCCUUCUUGGCAAAUUCUGUGGUUCCAAGAACCCACCAAAUGUUAAGAGCAGCAGGAAUACUAUGCUCCUCGUGUUCAAGACAGAUUCAUUUCAAACAGCAAGAGGCUGGAAGAUCUUUUUCUGGCAGACAUUAGGGCCUCAGCACGGAUGCGGAGGUUAUCUGACAGCUCCAAAUAAAACCUUUGUCUCUCCCGAUUCUGAUUUGGAUGGAAGAUACGACAAGAGUUUAAACUGCAUCUGGUUCAUAAUUGCACCUGUAAACAAAGUGAUUAAACUCACCUUCUAUACGUUUGCUCUGGAGGCAGCAAGCAGUAUGAAACUGUGCAGUUUUGAUUAUGUAAAGGUAUAUGAUGGCGAUAGUGAAAAUGCCAACGUGGCUGGAACAUUCUGUGGCUCCACUAUCCCUGCGCCUUUCGUCUCUUCUGGCAACUUCCUUACGGUUCAGUUUAUCAGCGACCUAACUGUAGAAAGGGCAGGAUUUAAUGCUACAUAUACCUUCAUGGACAUGCCUUGUGGAGGAACAUACAAUGCAAGUUGGACCCCACAAAAUAUUUCAUCACCCAAUUCCUCAAACCCAGAUGUCCUGUUUUCCUCCUGUACUUGGGUGAUUGAAGCUCCUCUGCACCAGCAGGUCAAGAUAACUGUGUGGUCGUUACAGCUGCAGUCACAAAACUGCGCGCAGAGUUACUUAGAGUUUCAGGACUCAACACAGAGUAACAGACAUCCAGGAAUCCAGUUCUGCGGCAGAAAUGCUUCGGCUGUGCCCGUGUUUUAUUCUUCCAUGAGCACUGCAAUUGUCAUUUUCAAAUCUGGAGUUUUAGCCACAAACUUCAGAGUGAGUUUUACCUAUCAGAUUGCAGAUUGCAACAGAGAAUAUAACAAGGCGUUUGGUAAUCUGAGGAGUCCUGGGUGGCCGGAGGAUUAUAACAGCAACCUGGACUGCACUGUUGUUCUCAGGGCCCCACAGAACCACACCAUUUCCCUCUUUUUCCACUCAUUUGGUAUCGAGGACUCGAGUGAAUGCAGGCACGAUUUCUUGGAGAUAAGAAAUGGAAAUGAUAGCAGUUCACCAUUACUUGGGAAGUACUGUGGGACUCUGCUGCCAAAUCCUGUCUUCUCUCAGAGUAAUGAACUUCACCUCCGAUUUAAAAGUGACAGUAUAAUCUCCAGUCGUGGGUAUGAGAUCAUCUGGACCUCGUCACCCUCUGGCUGUGGGGGAACUCUUUACGGAGACAGAGGCUCCUUCACCAGCCCUGGCUAUCCGGGCACGUACCCCAACAACACGCACUGUGAGUGGGCCCUCGUCGCUCCUUCUGGAAGGUUCCUCACCGUCAGCUUCUACUUCGUCAGCAUCGACGAUACCGGAGACUGUGUCCAGAACUAUCUCAUCCUCUACGAUGGCCCGAAUGCUGACUCGCCAUUCUCUGGACCAUUCUGUGGAACAGACACUAGCAUAGCCCCCUUCGUGGCCUCCUCAAAUCGGGUCUUCAUAAAAUUCCAUGCCACUUCUGCGGCGCACCCAUCUGCAUUCCAGCUGACAUGGGACAGCUGAGUGGGGGACGCGGUGUGUUUACCGAGCACCUGAGUCUGUAUCACAUGGGACAGGACCCUGCCAUCUCUGCACAUACACCCCUGCCUGUGCCAUCAGAACAAGCUGCACUUCUUGGUUUUCACCAAAGCAUUUAUGGAACCAACUUUGCAUAUUGUUUGAACAUAGACUACAGCUUCUUUAGUCUUGACUGUGUGUGUCAUUCUUAUAUUUUGAGCUGAAAUUUUAAAAAAUUCCUUAAAAGACUAGAAAUGAUUAUGACAUCUGUGAUAUACAUUUUUUAAAGUGAAUAUUGAAAGCAGAGGUAUGAUUUUCAUUGUGAAUAUCAAAUUGGGGAUAAUAAAUGUGAUGGAAUUACACACAGUUACGCUGUGUUCAUUUUUGACUCAUUAAAAUUUUGACUUUCACUAUGGGGUAUGUAUAAAUUUUCAAGUUGAAUUUUUACAUUUUCAUGAAGCAUAUAAUUUAUAUAUGUGCAUAUAUAUAUAUAUAUAUAUACACAUGAAUCUUUUAGGGUGAACUCUGAAAGCAGGCUGGUUAUGUUUAAAUUUUAACUAUUAAAGUGCUUACUUAACUU